UCCUCUAACUUGUUGAGUUUAUCCGUGAUUUUAUUAUUAGUUACUAGUUAUAUUAUCACUGAUUACUUCUCCGUCUUAAUCUAUAUGGAAAUGUCUUUACACUCAUUGGAAGUAGUUAUUCGAUUAACUACUACUGUAGAACUUCCAACUGAAUUUGUACAUCUAUACAUAUCAAAUUGUAUUGUUUCAUGUGAAACUAUUAAAGAUCAAUAUAUGCAAAACCGAUUAGUUCGUUUAGUGUGUGUUUUCUUGCAAUCUCUCAUUAGAAAUAAAAUAAUAAAUGUUCAGGAAUUAUUUAUUGAAGUUCAAGCCUUUUGUAUCGAUUUUAUUCAAAUUCGAGAAGCAUCAGCUCUGUUUUGUCUUUUAAAAAAACUAGAAACAGGAGAUACUUGCAGUAUUGGUAAUGUAGCUGCUGGCGCUGGUAUAACACCUAGUACAAUUGCUGCUGCUAAGGAUAAGGAUCAAGAUAAAAUAGUUCCAAAGGAAAAAUAG